GGAUUUCCUUCUCCUGGAGGCAGAUGUUGCCUCUCUCUCUCGCUCGGAUUGGUUCAGCGCACUCUAGAAACACUGCUACGGUGGAGAAACUGGACCCCAGGGCCUGGAGCGAAUUCCAGCCUGCAGGGCUGAUAAGCGAGGCAUUAGUGAGAGUGAGAGAGACUUUACCCCGCCGUGGUGGUUGGAGGGCGCGCAGUAGAGCAGCAGCACAGGCGCGGGUCCCGGGAGGCAGGCUCUGCUCUCGCCAAGAUGUGGAAUCUCCUUCACGAAACCGACUCGGCUGUGGCCACCGCGCGCCGCCCGCGCUGGCUGUGCGCUGGGGCGCUGGUGCUGGCGGGUGGCUUCUUUCUCCUCGGCUUCCUCUUCGGGUGGUUUAUAAAAUCCUCCAAUGAAGCUACUAACAUUACUCCAAAGCAUAAUAUGAAAGCAUUUUUGGAUGAAUUGAAAGCUGAGAACAUCAAGAAGUUCUUAUAUAAUUUUACACAGAUACCACAUUUAGCAGGAACAGAACAAAACUUUCAGCUUGCAAAGCAAAUUCAAUCCCAGUGGAAAGAAUUUGGCCUGGAUUCUGUCGAGCUAGCUCAUUAUGAUGUCCUGUUGUCCUACCCAAAUAAGACACAUCCCAACUACAUCUCAAUAAUUAAUGAAGAUGGAAAUGAGAUUUUCAACACAUCAUUAUUUGAACCACCUCCUCCAGGAUAUGAAAAUGUUUCGGAUAUUGUACCACCUUUCAGUGCUUUCUCUCCUCAAGGAAUGCCAGAGGGUGAUCUAGUGUAUGUUAACUAUGCACGAACUGAAGACUUCUUUAAAUUGGAACGGGACAUGAAAAUCAAUUGCUCUGGGAAAAUUGUAAUUGCCAGAUAUGGGAAAAUUUUCAGAGGAAAUAAGGUUAAAAAUGCCCAGCUGGCAGGGGCCAAAGGAGUCAUUCUCUACUCAGACCCUGCUGACUACUUUGCUCCUGGGGUGAAGUCCUAUCCAGAUGGUUGGAAUCUUCCUGGAGGUGGUGUCCAGCGUGGAAAUAUCCUAAAUCUGAAUGGUGCAGGAGACCCUCUCACACCAGGUUACCCAGCAAAUGAAUAUGCUUAUAGGCGUGGAAUUGCAGAGGCUGUUGGUCUUCCAAGUAUUCCUGUUCAUCCAAUUGGAUACUAUGAUGCACAGAAGCUCCUAGAAAAAAUGGGUGGCUCAGCACCACCAGAUAGCAGCUGGAGAGGAAGUCUCAAAGUGCCCUACAAUGUUGGACCUGGCUUUACUGGAAACUUUUCUACACAAAAAGUCAAGAUGCACAUCCACUCUACCAAUGAAGUGACAAGAAUUUACAAUGUGAUAGGUACUCUCAGAGGAGCAGUGGAACCAGACAGAUAUGUCAUUCUGGGAGGUCACCGGGACUCAUGGGUGUUUGGUGGUAUUGACCCUCAGAGUGGAGCAGCUGUUGUUCAUGAAAUUGUGCGGAGCUUUGGAACACUGAAAAAGGAAGGGUGGAGACCUAGAAGAACAAUUUUGUUUGCAAGCUGGGAUGCAGAAGAAUUUGGUCUUCUUGGUUCUACUGAGUGGGCAGAGGAGAAUUCAAGACUCCUUCAAGAGCGUGGCGUGGCUUAUAUUAAUGCUGACUCGUCUAUAGAAGGAAACUACACUCUGAGAGUUGAUUGUACACCACUGAUGCACAGCUUGGUAUACAACCUAACAAAAGAGCUGAAAAGCCCUGAUGAAGGCUUUGAAGGCAAAUCUCUUUAUGAAAGUUGGACUAAGAAAAGUCCUUCCCCAGAGUUCAGUGGCAUGCCCAGGAUAAGCAAAUUGGGAUCUGGAAAUGAUUUUGAGGUGUUCUUUCAACGACUUGGAAUUGCUUCAGGCAGAGCACGGUAUACUAAAAAUUGGGAAACAAACAAAUUCAGCGGCUAUCCACUGUAUCACAGUGUCUAUGAAACAUAUGAGUUGGUGGAAAAGUUUUAUGAUCCGAUGUUUAAAUAUCACCUCACUGUGGCCCAGGUUCGAGGAGGGAUGGUGUUUGAGCUAGCCAAUUCCAUAGUGCUCCCUUUUGAUUGUCGAGAUUACGCUGUAGUUUUAAGAAAGUAUGCUGACAAAAUCUACAAUAUUUCUAUGAAACAUCCACAGGAAAUGAAGACAUACAGUGUAUCAUUUGAUUCACUUUUUUCUGCAGUAAAGAAUUUUACCGAAAUUGCUUCCAGGUUCAGUGAGAGACUCCAGGACUUUGACAAAAGCAACCCAAUAUUGUUAAGAAUGAUGAAUGAUCAACUCAUGUUUCUGGAAAGAGCAUUUAUUGAUCCAUUAGGGUUACCAGACAGACCUUUUUAUAGGCAUGUCAUCUAUGCUCCAAGCAGCCACAACAAGUAUGCAGGGGAGUCAUUCCCAGGAAUUUAUGAUGCUCUGUUUGAUAUUGAAAACAAAGUGGACCCUUCCAAGGCCUGGGGAGAUGUGAAGAGACAGAUUUCUGUUGCAGCCUUCACAGUGCAGGCAGCUGCAGAGACUUUGAGUGAAGUAGCCUAAGAGGAUUCUUUAGAGACUCUGUAUUGAAUUUGUGUGGUAUGUCACUCAAAGAAUAAUAAUGGGUAUAUUGAUAAAUUUUAAAAUUGGUAUAUUUGAAAUAAAGUUGAAUAUUAUAUA